UCUCAGUGACAGUUUUCUUGUGUACAUAUGUUUAUUUGUUUGUUUAUUAUCAUUUUAGUUUCCACAACAAGCAUCAUGAAUGUGAAGUGACUGAACCUGUACAGAGUACAGUACACCCACCUCAACCUCCACCUCCACCUCAGUCUACAGAUAUGUCAACUGUCAUUGUUACCAUACCAACACAGGAAGACAUAAUAACUGAUAGUUCAUUAAGAACCAGAUUACAAGUGGCCAAUGAGAAUGUUCUUCAUCAGCAUUAUCAGCUAAGAGGAAUGAUGCCAGAUGCAGAUACGUAUCUGAAUAUGUCUAAAGUUUAUGCUGUAGAUGGUGCAAUAAGUGAGGUCAAUAUUGAUAAUGAAAGAUCUCGAAUUGUCAAAGACAUUGCUCUUCUGCAACAGCUAGACCAACUUCUUGUUUAUGAAAAAAGCAGACGAAGUUACGACAAAAUGUUAAACACAGGAAAAGAAAAAGAUGCUGUCAAGGAUGACAGCCAAGUGGAGUGUGAAGAAAAAUGUUUGGAAGAGACUCCGACUCUAACUCUUGGAAAGGUCAUCAAGACUGAAAACAUUGAUGAUAUGUAAUAUUAUUGGUUGAUGGAUUGUUUGGUUCACCAAUAGAGGGCACCAUUUGAGGAUCCCCAAUAAUUAUUCAAAUGAAAAGAAAAUGAAUAUUUGAAUAACUUCUCCCUCUUGUUUUUACAUGCAUGAUCUUUGUGAGAGUAACUUGGCUCUCGUUUUAACGACCAAGAUCUCUGUGACCUUGCUGACAUGUGUAGAAUAUCUGUCAGUUAGGAAACGCUAGCUGUUGAUGUGAAAGACAUUAUUAAGGUGUUAAUAUAAAUAAAGCACUGAUAUUUGAAUAAAAAUGUAAAUAUUAAAG